AUCCCCAAAAUACACUUCACACCCAAAAAAUCUCUCCUUUUUCUUCCCUUUUCAUCGAAGCGUAGACACCGACACAGAGAGAUUCGCAGUGGCUAUGGCGAAGAAACCGAGAAUUGUGAUAAUCGGAGCUGGAAUGGCUGGUCUCACGGCGGCGAACAAGCUCUACACGAGCUCCAGCAACAUGUUCGAGCUCUCCGUCGUAGAGGGCGGCUCUAGAAUCGGCGGGAGGAUCAACACCUCCGAGUUCUCCGCCGAGAAGAUUGAGAUGGGUGCCACGUGGAUCCACGGGAUUGGUGGAAGCCCUGUGUAUAGAAUCGCCAAGGAGACGGGUUCUCUGGUCUCCGACGAGCCAUGGGAAUGUAUGGAUUCAACCAUUGAUAAAGCCAGGACAUUCGCGGAAGGAGGGUUCGAGAUUGAGCCCUCGAUUGUCGAACCCAUCUCCGGAUUGUUCAAUGCUCUCAUGGAGUUGGCUCAGGGGAAAGAGAUCUCUCAAAUCGACGGCGAUUCCGGCUACUUGGCUGAUAUUCACGAAACUGCCACUAGGUUUUGCUCUUCCCGUGAUGGUUUCAAUGGAAGUAGCGUCGGGUCGUUCCUGAAAUCUGGGUUCGAUGCUUACUGGGAUUCAAUCAGCAAUGUUGGAGAAAAUGGAGUCAAAGGUUAUGGAAAAUGGAGCAGAAAGUCGCUUGAAGAAGCCAUUUUCACGAUGCUUAGCAACACACAGAGGACUUACACAUCCGCAGAUGAUCUCUCGACGCUCGAUUUCGCGGCGGAGAGUGAGUACCAGAUGUUUCCAGGCGAAGAAAUCACCAUAGCCAAAGGCUAUCUCAGCGUUAUCCAUCAUUUGGCCUCUGUUCUCCCUCAAGGUCUUAUCCAAUUGAAUCGAAGGGUCACGAAGAUCGAGUGGCAGAGCAACGAAGAAGACGAUAGUAAUCGUCCUGUGAAGCUGCAUUUCUCAGAUGGGUCUAUAGUUUUUGCAGAUCAUGUUAUUGUCACUGUCUCUUUAGGGGUUCUUAAAGCAGGGAUUGAGAGUAAUGAUGAAGAAGGAGAAGGAGGAUUGUUUAAUCCUCCCUUGCCUGAUUUCAAAUCCGACGCCAUUAAAAGGCUAGGCUACGGAGUUGUCAACAAGUUGUUUGUAGAAAUGUCUCAGAGAGACUUCCCAUCUCUGCAACUCGUGUUUGACCGUGAGGAUUCUGAGUUUAGGUUUGUCAAAAUCCCGUGGUGGAUGAGAAGAACUGCGACCAUAACCCCAAUCCACAGCAAUUCAAAGGUCUUGCUUUCUUGGUUUGCAGGCAAAGAAGCUCUCGAGCUUGAGAAACUAACCGAUGAGGAGAUCAUAGACGGUGUCGUGACCACUGUCUCUUGCUUGACAGGCAAGGAAGUGAAGAAAGACACCGCAAAAACUCCAAAGCCCUUGAUCAAUGGCUCUUUGAAUGAUGAUGAAGUCAUGAAAAUCAAAAAGGUCUUGAAGAGCAAAUGGGGAAGUGAUCCUCUGUUUCGCGGUUCGUACUCGUAUGUCGCGGUUGGAUCAAGCGGGGAUGACCUAGACGCCAUGGCUGAGCCAUUGCCAAAGAUUCACAAGAAGGGUGGUCAGGUCAAUGGUCAUGACCAAGCCAAGGUUCAUGAGCUUCAAGUCAUGUUUGCAGGGGAAGCAACACAUAGAACCCAUUAUUCCACAACUCAUGGUGCUUACUUUAGUGGUUUAAGGGAAGCCAGUAGGCUUCUCAAGCAUUACAAAUGUGAUUUUUGAGUGUUAAUUCUAAGAAUAUGUUUUCCUUUUUUUGGGGGGGCUCACUGUGUUUAGAGAAGCUUAAUUAGAUAUGUAAGAUUUUUUUAAUUUUUUUUUGUUUUGUUUACUUUCAGUUUGUUUUUUUUUAUUCUUCCUGUUUUACUUUUUCUAAAUAAGUUUACAACCACAUUCCAAUCUAAAAAAGCAUAUUUCCGAA